AGCGCGAGAGAUCCUUUUUUUUGUUUCGGAAAAGUAUUAUUGAGCUGAGCAGUAGCAAGCAUGGAGGAGAAUUCCGAGCAACAACCAGCUACGCCAAUGCCGCCUCCGCCGCAAGUCCCACCCCAGAAGCAGCCCCCGGGCUUGGUCGGCGAAGUCCCUCCUGCUUCUCGUGAAGCUAUGUCACCUGUUCAGCGGGGGCGAGGACGGGGAAGAAACAGUGGGGAUGGGCGCGGAGGCAGCGGCCGAGGCGGAAGAUCGGGGCGAGGGCGAACAGGAGCUGGAGGUCGAACCAUUCACGAUCCGAACGCGAGAGGCAGGGGUAGAGGACGGAACCAACCGCAAAAUAAUCAGGGAACUACCCAGAAGAUUGCUCCCAACACGGGAAUUCCCUUUGGACACGUUCCGGCCUACCUGCCGGGAUCUUCGAGCUUGGUGGAAGAAUUGGAUCAGCGGUCCAUGGUGGUCCUAAGAGACGGACGCCAUAUCGUUGGUGUAAGUGGCUCGACGCAAACAAAGGAUGCAUUUAGGUGGUGUAGCAUCGUGACACUUCUUGAUUUUGCUGUCGCUUUUGAAAUGGUAGCAAUCUGUCCGUCAUUGUUUGCUGUUUCAAUCUUUUUGAAUAUUCGUUUGUGCCUUUUCAAACAAUGAAUCCAUUCUCACACAAACAAACCGCUGAAUUCUAUGCAUGUUGUGCGGCUCUCAUACUACGAACAACGGAUCGGAAACACGACGGAAACAAACAAUUGCCAAUACACACUAAAUUAAAUAUUGUCGUGCUACAGAAACUUCGAACCUUUGACCAGUUCAGCAACAUGGUACUAGAUGAGGCCUCCGAGCGAAGAUUUCACAGCAGUGAUAGCAACGACAACGACGAACAUCAGCAACCAAAAGUGACCUAUUUUACGGAUAUUCCCCUGGGCCUGUACAUCGUGCGGGGAGAUUCUGUGGUCUUGUUAGGACAGAUCAACCCGGAGGAAGAGGACGAAACAAUCCAGCAGGGAACAGUAAUCAUGAAGAAACUGGACGAGGAAGCAUUCGAGGCAAUGGUCCAAGGCGAUGACGAAGGAGAUGAAGACGAAUCAGCCGACGAAGCUGCUAAGGGAUCACACUUGGAAUGGGAUUUUGACAAGGAUCUGCUUGCGUAACGCGCUGUAUUGCAUCAAGUCGCAGUACUUCCCAAAAACCUGAAGUAUUGAAUAAAAAACUUAGACCCCG